UUGCCUCUGCUACCGCAAAUGCCGGUCAUCAUCGGUGAAAAUUUGGAUGUGAAAGGAGGAAUUGUCAAUGGAAGUCAAGGAAUAGUGAAACACAUGCAUUACAUCCAGGAUCCAGAUGGAUAUCGUUUUGCGACUAGCGCUGUGGUGUCCAUUCCUGACUCAUCCCCCGACCCAUUCACACUCCUCCCUCCACAUGAUUGCAUGGUGCUACCAAAGACUAUAAACAUAAAA